AUUAUUUUUUUUUGCUGCACGAUUCUCUCAACCCACCAGUCCAAGUCAACCCUCUAUCCUCUCUAUCCAUCCCCCUAGUAACUCCUAUAUAUCAUCAGUUGCUUCUCGCAAAUCAACCUCACAAUUAAUCAACUGUUUAAAAAAAAAAAAAAAAAAACAGAACUCAACCUUUGAAUAAGACAUGAACAAAAUCCGCCACCGUGCUCUCUCUCCGUCUUCCGGAGUGCAACACCGUGUUAAGAGAUGUCGAUUGAGAGAUAGAAACUACGUGAGGCCUGAAGUUAAAGAAAACAAGUUCUCAAAAGACGAAGACGACCUCCUCCUCAAGCUUCAUGCACUUCUUGGCAAUAGAUGGUCAUUGAUAGCGGGAAGAUUGCCUGGACGAACCGACAACGAAGUUAGGAUCCAUUGGGAAACUUACUUAAAGAGGAAACUCAUCAAAAUGGGAAUCGACCCAACCAAUCAUCGUCUCCACCAUCACGCCAGCUACAUUUCCAGACGCUGCCCCAAUCCCUCGCAUAAGGAACUCGAAACCAAGAUCAUUAGUGAUCAGUCUUCUUCCGUAUCCGAAUCAUGUGGUAUAACAUUUUUACCCAUUUCAAGUACCAAUUGCUCGGAGGGUAGUACUAGUACCGGAAAAACUCUUUUGCCUGACCUCAACAUCGGUCUCAUCCCGACCGCGACUUCUUUGCCACUUCCUUGGCUUCAGGACUCUAACGAUUCCUCUAACCAUGGUUCAACCGGUCAGGAAACGCUUAUUCUAUUCCAGUAAAAAUUCAUGUUUUUCUUUGUAGUCAAUCUUGCUAUAUAAUGUUAUAUUACAAGGCAUGCAUAUAUUAUAAUAUUUCACUAAAGAGAUACAUAUGUUAAUCCUGAAUUGGACAGGUUGUUCAUUGAACAACUAUUCUCUUUAAA